AUGACUCCAAAGGAGGCAAUCAGCGUAACACCAUUCCAGCUGGUGUACGGAGGAAAAGUGGUGGUUCUUGUAGAGGUUGGAGUAGAAUCCGACUGGGUGCGACUCUACGACGAGGGAAAUGAAGAGCGAAGGUUAAUGGAGCUCGACUUGGUGGAUGAAACACGAGAUAAAACGGUCGUUCGGUUAAUGGCUUAUCGACAGUGGAUGCGGCAGAACUACAAUAUGAGGGUGAUCCCGAGAUCCUUCCAGGUCAGUGAUCUGGUGUGGAAGAAAAUCAAGCCGGCCGACAACGUCACCAAACUCGAGGCACCAUGGGUGGGACCUUACAAGGUCGUACAGAAACUCCGAUCGGGGGACCUAUUACUGGAAGAUAAAAACGAGAGACGACUCGAGCGGUGGUGGAGUGUGAAUCAUCUCCAAUCCUACAAGCCCGGGUGA